AUGUCAGCUGUUAACGCGAGCACCGGUUAUAGCAAUUUUCAAAUACGUUUUGGCCGCUCACCUCGUGUGCUCCCACCCAUGGUCGAUGCGGCACCUAGGGCAACUGCGGGCGCGGCAGAAACCGCUGAACAAGCAGCGGAUCGGGUCAUUCGUCAACUAACCGAAGACGUCGCCGAUGCCCGUGACUGUCUCAUCGCUGCGAAAGUUCACCAGGCCGCGUUUGCUAAUCGCUCACGCGGCGAGGAAGUCCCGUACGCUGUCGGAGACAAAGUAAUGUUAAGCACGUUAAACCGCCGCCGCCAAUACAAGGCUACCGGCGAGCAUCGCGCGGCUAAA